AUGGAUUGUUUCCGGAGUUCACUGAGCCAUUCCUGGAUUUAUCCCACUGUGAUCCUCUGCUUAUUUGGGUUUUUCUCCACGAUGAAACCCUCAGCACCAUUCCUAGUUGCAUUUUUAUCUGGACCAGAUAAAAACCUGACGAGUGCACAGAUCACAAAUGAGAUCCUCCCCGUUUGGACGUACUCUUACCUGGUGCUGCUCUUCCCCGUGUUCGUCCUCACCGACUACGUCCGCUACAAGCCAGUUAUCAUCAUACAGGGCAUCAGCUUCAUCAUGACCCGGGUGUUGCUCUUGUUUGGCCAAGGCGUGAAGGCCAUGCAGGCUGUCGAGCUCUUCUAUGGGCUGGCCACAGCCACCGAGGUGGCCUACUAUGCCUACAUAUACAGCGUGGUCAGCCCGGAACACUACCAGAGAGUGAGCAGCUACUGUCGGAGCGUGACACUGGUGGCCUACACAGCGGGCUCCGUGCUGGCGCAGCUCUUGGUUUCCCUGGCCAACGUGUCGUACUUUGACCUCAACGUCAUAUCAUUGGCCUCAGUCAUCCUGGCCUUCCUUUGCUCGCUUUUUCUACCCAUGCCCAAGAAGAGCAUAUUCUUUCAUGCAAAACCCAGCAAAGAAGCACAGACCUCCCCAAGCACAGAGGCAGUGGUCAGUGGAUCUCAGGAGGCUGGUGCACCAGGCUGCACAGAGAAGAAACCCACGUCGGAAAUACUCACCGUUUCAGGGAGUCUGGAUGCUGGACAGUUGAGCAGCCCUCGUCCAAGCAAUGUGAUUGUGAGAGUGUUUGUGCAGUGGUUCCAAGACCUGAGGGAGUGCUACUCCUCAGAGCGCCUUUUUUACUGGUCCCUGUGGUGGGCUUUUUCCACAGCUGGGUUUAACCAGGUUUUUACCUAUGUUCAAGUCCUGUGGGAUUACAAGGCCAAAAAUUCUUCCAUUUAUAAUGGAGCAGUAGAAGCCAUUGCAACAUUUGGAGGGGCCGUGGCAGCCUUUGAAGUGGGUUAUAUGAAAAUCAACUGGGAUCUCCUGGGAGAGUUGGUUCUGGCCGUCUUCUCCGUGGUCAGUGCGGGAGCCUUACUGCUCAUGCAUUACACGGACAGCAUCUGGGCCUGCUAUGCCGGCUACUUGGUCUUCAAGUCAGGCUACAUGCUCCUCAUCACCAUCGCAGUAUUUCAGAUCGCAGUUAACCUGAGGCUGGAACGCUACGCCCUGGUAUUUGGAAUCAACACUUUCUUGGCCUUGGUGAUCCAGACCAUCCUAACUGUGAUUGUGGUGGAUCAGAGAGGGCUCCACCUGCCCAUCAGCAUUCAGUUUUUAGUUUACGGGAGCUAUUUUGUGGUCAUUGCUGGAGUUUUCCUGAUGAGAAGCAUAAGCAUCAUCUACUCAGCCAAGUGCCUAAGGAGCUCUGCUCCGAGUCAGAGUCCAGCUGAGCCACACCCAGAGGAACCAAGAGAUGUGAUCAUCAAGACCAGGCUCUAG